AUGGUGGUAGUUUCACCAAAGCAAGAUGGUUCAGAAAAUCCAUUGUACGAGAAAUUCAGAAAUAAAGGAUUACCAUUUGCCAAUGAAUUAAUCGAGUUGUUUCAAGGUACCACCGCCAAUGGACCUAGAGCAUGGGCACCUUCAAAUGGAGUUUUGCCUAAUAUUUACAAUAGGAAUGAAGGUGAGGACGAAGAUGUGUAUCAGCCAGAUAUGGCAAAUGAGGGUACUGAUUUGGAAGAAGGUUCAGGAGAUAGUGAUGAGAUGUUAGGAACUACUACUAGAGUAAGCGGUGAAUUUAAUAGAGCAGUUCUGAAUGCUUCUCAAGGAACCUUAAGUGGAGGAAGUGGUAAGAGGAAGAGAGGCGAAAGCAGUAAUAGUAGAAAAAAGAACAAGUUACCUAAUACAAGUUAA